AAAAGAAAAUCAGACUUCAACCUUUUUUUUAAACGUUAUUCCAUCAUUUUCAGUCUCAGCUUUGUUGAGAAUAUAGGACAGCAUGGUUCUAAAAUACACAGGAAGGUUUCCUUCACUCAGAUCAGUCGUUUGUCCCUGGUUAUGUCAUGUGGUCAGACGACAUCACAUCCUCCCUUCAGAGCAUAAAAACCAGAUCAGAGAGACAAGCUCCUUAGUGACAAGCUCCUUAGUGAUGGUGAAAUAUAGUAGAUGAAUUACAGUACGAUAUAGUUAGAAUUAGCAUCAGUGUAAAAAUAUUAGCAGCAUUAAUGACAAGAUCAGUGUAACUUUGCCUAGAUAUACUACAUUGCAUUACAUCAAAGAUAAAUAGCAUGCUCCACUACGAAACUUUCGGUUUUGGGGUCUUUUCUGCUCUUCUCUGUCUGCGAUUCGGUGACUGUGCAGAGAUCAUCGGAGGGCAGGAGGUGAAGCCUCACUCCCUGCCCCAUAUGGCUCUCCUGGAGAACAGCAAGGGGAAGCCUGCCUGUGGAGGAACUCUCAUCCAGAAGAAGUGGGUCGUGACCGCAGCCCACUGCUCAGACAUUAAGAAGGUGCUUCUCGGGGUUCAUUCUGUGAACAAGGAGGAGAAGAAUUCCCGGCAGGUCAGGAAGGUCACCAAGCGAGUUGCUCAUCCGUGCUACGACAGCACUGAAAAAGUCAACGACAUCAUGCUUCUGAAGCUGGAUAGGCCAGUGAAGGAGACCUCGUUUGUUAAAUCCCUGCCAUUGCCAAGUCCUGUGUCAGAUGUUCCUACUGGCACAGCCUGCCUGGUAGCAGGAUGGGGAGCGACCAAGAACCAGGGAGGCAUGUCUGCCGUUCUGAGAUCAGUAAACGUUACCAUCAUCGACAGGAUGAAGUGUAACUCGCCAGGCUUCUACAACUUCAACCCUGUCAUCACCAACAGCAUGCUGUGUGCUGGUUCUGUGAGCAAAGACACUGCAGAUUCCUGUCAGGGUGAUUCUGGAGGCCCUCUGGUGUGUGGAGGGAAGAUAGGGGGGGUCACAUCCUUUGGUCAUAAAUGUGGGAUCAAAACAAAACCUGGAGUUUACACUUUUCUUUCAGAAAAAUACUUAGACUGGAUCAAAAAGACUAUAAAGUGACUUAUUUGAGCCUACGUGAAAAAUAAAGACAAAUGUUUAGAUGUUUACUAAAUGUUUUGAUUGAUAUAAUGGAGUCUUAAUAAAUGAAAAAGUGUAAUAAAAGUGCUUGCACAAAAAUUGCACAAAAGAAAUGAUUCUAAACAAUUAUUUUACAUACAUGUCUUCUGAUGAACACCCAAAAGAAAAAAGGCACGUUUGUGUGAACCGGAAAAGUUUCGCUUCUCAGAUGAAAGAAGAUCAUCUCAGAUCCUCUGUCAUCUGAGAGACCACAGCAUUCACCACUUCCUGGACCUCAGACGUCUGACAGAUGCAGUUUAAACUGCUCUUCAGUUACAUAACAGGCUACAAAAUGUCAGGCUUCUAACCAAUACAAAACCAACCUCACAUGAAUUACAUCCCCUAGAACAUAUUCUCUCAACUUGAAAAUACUGUAAAAAGGGCUCAGGGCUCUUCCUCAGUAGCCUGGCUGCCAGCCCAACUUCUCCCCGCC